CCUCCUCCCGCUUCUACACCUCAUUCGAAAUACCCUAUUCCCAUCUCUCUCUCUCUCUCUACUCCAUCAAUUCCUCAUUCCUUCACCGUCGCCUAUACAUACAAGCAACCGCUUAUAUAUAUAUAUAUAUAAGCACGUCACUGUUCGAUUGAGGGAGAAGGCGAGGAGAAAGCCCUAGUUAGCGAGCUUGGCGUCGUUGUCGUCGGUCGAUUUCGGAGUGUUUCGUACUUGGAGGUUUCGCAUCUAAGAGAAGAAAUGGCUCUGGAGAUCACCAACUUUCUACUAUCUGCUCAAUCGGCAGAUGCAAAGAUACGGACUGAAGCAGAGGCCACUCUCACUCAGUUCAAAGAGCAGAAUCUGCCAGUUUUUCUUCUGUCAUUGGCUGUUGAACUCUCCAAUGAAGGAAAGCCUAUUGAAUCUCGUAGACUGGCUGGUAUUGUGCUUAAGAACUCUUUGGACGCAAAAGAAGCUUCCAGGAAAGAACACCUUGUUCAACAAUGGACAGCAAUUGAUGUUUCACUUAAGUCCCAAAUUAGAAACAUGCUUCUAAACACCCUCAACUCUUCUGUACGUGAUGCCAGUCAUACUUCUUCCCAAGUGAUUGCCAAGAUAGCUUCAAUUGAAAUCCCACGAAAAGAGUGGCCAGAACUUGUUGGAUCAUUACUUGCUAAUAUGACCCAGCCAGGAAGCCCUGCGUCUCUUAAGCAGGCUACUCUGGAAACACUUGGCUAUGUUUGUGAGGAGAUAUCUCACCAUGAUCUUGUCCAAGAUGAAGUUAAUGCUGUAUUGACCGCUGUAGUGUCAGGCAUGACUAUGACAGAACAGAGCCCUGAAGUUCGGCUCGUUGCAACUAAGGCUUUAUACAAUGCACUCGAUUUUGCCCAAACCAACUUUCAGAAUCAGAUGGAGCGGGAUUACAUUAUGAAGGUGGUAUGUGAGGCAACUACUGCUAAGGAGGUGGAGAUUCGACAGGCUGCAUUUGAAUGUCUUGUUUCUAUUGCAUCAACAUACUAUGAGUUUCUUGAGCCCUAUAUGCAGAUAAUAAUCGAGCUUUCAUCAAAAGCAGUCAAAGAAGAUACAGAGGCUGUUGCUCUUCAAGCUAUUGAAUUAUGGAGUUCUAUAUGUGAUGAGGAGAUAGAGCUUCAGGACUAUGAUGUCCCUGAUAGUGGGGAUUCUAGUGUUGCACACUCCCGUUUCAUUGAGAAAGCUCUCCCAACAUUAGUCCCUAUGUUACUAGAGACUUUAUUGAAGCAGGACGAGGAUCAGGAUCAGGAUGAUGAUAUUUGGAAUUUGGCCAUGGCUGGUGGUACAUGUCUUGGUCUUGUUUCCAGGACUGUUGGAGAUGCUGUUGUGCCCCUGGUGAUGCCAUUUGUUGAGGCUAACAUACUGAAGGCAGAUUGGCGAUCACGUGAGGCUGCAACUUAUGCAUUUGGAUCAAUCCUUGAUGGCCCAAGCAUUGAGAAACUUUCUCCCAUGGUGAAUGCUGGAUUUGAUUUUCUGCUUAAUGCUAUGAAAGAUGAAAAUAGCCAUGUCAGAGAUACCACUGCUUGGACUCUCAGCCGUAUUUUUGAGUUAUUGCACAGGCCUUCUUCUGGAUUUACUGUGCUUUCACCUAACAACCUCCAGAGGGUUGCAGGGGUGUUGUUGGAAAGUAUAAAGGAUGCCCCCCAUGUUGCUGAAAAGGUUUGUGGGGCUAUCUAUUAUCUUGCUCAAGGUUAUGAGGAUGCUGGCCCAACUUCCUCUCUGCUUUCACCAUAUAUUCCAGAUAUUAUAAGUGCUCUUGUUAGUACCGCAGAGCGAAUGGAUGGAACUGAUUCCAAGCUCCGGUCUUCUGCAUAUGAAACCUUGAAUGAAGUAAUAAGGUGUUCUAACCUUUCAGAAUCAUCUCUCAUCAUUGCACAGCUUUGCCCCAUUAUAAUGAACAAAUUGGCUCAGUCCAUAGAGCUUCAGAUUGUAUCUUCAGAUGAUAGAGGAAAACAGGGAGAAUUGCAAGCCUCACUUUGCGGUGUACUGCAGGUUAUUAUUCAGAAGCUUAGCAGCACUGACGAGACAAAGUCUUUAAUACUCCAGGCUGCAGAUCAAAUAAUGAUGUUGUUCCUAAAAAUAUUUACUUGCCGUAGCUCAGCUGUGCAUGAAGAAGCUAUGCUUGCUAUUGGUGCAUUAGCUUAUGCAACUGGACCUGAGUUUGGAAAGUAUAUGCCAGAGUUCUACAAAUAUCUAGAGAUGGGACUACAGAAUUUUGAGGAAUACCAAGUCUGUGCUAUCUCUGUGGGGGUUGUUGGGGAUAUUUGUCGUGCCUUAGAUGAUAAGAUUUUACCAUAUUGUGAUGGUAUCAUGACACUUCUCCUAAAAGAUCUGUCCAGUGGCGAGCUGCAUCGUUAUGUGAAGCCUCCAAUAUUCUCCUGCUUUGGGGAUAUAGCUCUUGCCAUAGGUGAACACUUUGAAAAGUAUAUCCAAUUUGCAUUGCCAAUGAUGCAAAGUGCUGCUGAAAUUUGUGCCAAUCUGGAUUAUGGCGAUGAGGAAAUGUCCGAGUAUGGUAACCAGCUGAGGCGUAGUAUUUUUGAAGCUUACUCAGGAAUUUUGCAAGGAUUUAAGAAUUCCAAGCCCGACUUGAUGUUGCCCCAUGCACCUCACCUUCUACAGUUCCUAGAAGUAGUUGCCCAGGACAGAAAUAAGUAUGACAGUGUAACAAAAGCUGCAGCUGCUGUAUUGGGCGAUCUAGUUGAUGCACUCGGUUCAAAUGCCAAGCCUUUGUUGAGUGAUCGUGUAUUUUGCAAUGCAUUUUUGGGUGAAUGCCUUCAAUCUGAUGAUGAACAGCUCAAAGAAACUGCCACUUGGACUCAAGGGAUGAUUGGCCUUACCUUUUCUAUUUGCGGUUGAGCUACCGGGUUGGAUCUUCUUUCUUCUGGCAAGGUUGAAGUUUGGAUAAUCCCAGAAACUGGGUUUGCAUGGGUAGGUAGUCAUGUUUGAUGUAUUCGCAUGUUUAUUCAUCUCCAUUUGUUUAUCUAAGGUUAAGCUUUUUUGUUACCUUAAGCACUAAGGUCACCUACUCGCGGUAGCCUACUAGUGAACUCAAACCCUCUCUAGUUCCAAAACUUCUAAAUUUAUCAAUUUAUAUAAUCAUUUCUGUGUCACCUA